AUGGAGCAUCUGUGCCCAAACGCGUCGCGCUGCGUCACUGCUCUCCAAAGCUCGGCAGGGAUGAUGUGGUUCACCGGCGUUGCCAUCGCUGCAAUUUACGGUGUGAUCAGCGUAUUCGGACUUAUUGGUAACAUUACACUCAUCAGGACGUUUUGUUCGGCCAAAUCCAUCCGCAAUGUGCCAAAUCUGUUCAUGUCCAGUCUGGCUCUGGGGGACGUUUUACUGCUGGUGACCUGCGCUCCGGUGGACGCCAGCCGCUACCUGUCAGAAGAGUGGCUGUUCGGGAGGGUGGGCUGUAAAGUCAUCCCCUUCAUUCAGCUCACUUCUGUUGGGGUGUCAGUGUUCACGCUCACUGCCCUCUCUGCUGACAGGUACAGGGCCAUUGUUAAGCCUUUGGACAUCCAAACAUCAAGAACCACAACCAGCAUUGUCCUGCAGGCAGCACUCAUCUGGCUCUUCUCCCUGGUCCUGGCUAUCCCAGAGGCUGUCUUCUCUGACCUCCACACCUUCAACCUUACCUCCACCAAUGAGAGUUUUGUCACUUGCGCCCCUUACCCUCAUGCUGGUGAUCUGCACCCUAAGAUCCACUCCAUGGCCUCUUUCCUGAUUUUCUACAUUAUUCCUCUUCUGGUCAUAUCAGUGUACUACACCUUUAUCGCCCACAGCCUGAUGAGGAGCGCCUCUAACCUGCCUGUGGAGGGUAAUGUGCAUGCAAGGCAACAGGUUGAAUCAAGAAAGCGCUUGGCCAAGACAGUUCUGGUGUUUGUGGGUCUCUUUGCAAUAUGCUGGCUUCCUAGUCAUGUCAUCUACUUGUACCGCUCCUACCACUACUCUCAGGUUGACACCUCCCUGGUUCACUUUGUGUGCAGCGUGGUAGCUCGCAUCCUGGCUUUCACCAACUCCUGCAUCAACCCGUUUGCACUUUACCUGCUGAGCAAAAGCUUCCAGAAGCAGUUCAACAAGCAGCUGUGUUGUUGUUGUCACAAGAUCUUUAAACGCGGCCUGCAGAGUCCGGCUCAUUAUAGCGCCCGUGUGACGUCUGUCCGCAGCACAAAUCACUCCAUGGUGAGUCUGAGCGCGGUGAACGGCAAAUGGGAGGAAGAUCAGGAGGACUGUGUGUAA